AUGGCAGCCGCAAGAGCAAUGCUCGAUGAAGAGCAUGGCAAAUUACCCCAGCCAUUAUCCGACAACAAUAGUUAUGCACUGGGUGAAAUCCGAGGCCAUAAUGUGGUGAUCGCUUGCUUGCCUUCAGGCGUAUAUGGAACCACAUCCGCGUCUUUUGUGGCCUCGCAAAUGUUGUCAACAUUUCCUUCCGUCCGCUUUGGGCUAAUGGUCGGCGUCGGGGGUGGGGUACCUGGCAAUGGAUUUGAUAUUCGACUAGGGGAUGUGGUGGUCAGCAAACCCCAAGGUGGAUUCGGAGGAGUCGUACAGUAUGACCAUGGAAAGACCGUUGCAGAUGGGGGUUUUGAGCGUACGGGUAUGCUCAAUAAGCCGCCUGCCGUGCUGCUUACCGCAAUUUCCGCCCUGGAAACGGAGCAUCUAAUGGGUUCUGGACAAGUACAGGAGUUUUUGUCCCAAAUCAGGGCCAAGUUCCCUCACGUCUUCGAUUUUGUCCAUGGAGACCAACGGAAAGAUAUUCUGUUCGAUGCCGAUUAUGAUCACACGGGGGCAGAGACGUGCGAAAGUUGCGAUGAGGCCAGACAAGUCCACCGAAGUCUUCGGGCUACGUCCGCCCCGAGAAUCCAUUACGGCUUGAUUGCUUCUGGAAAUCAAGUAAUGAAGCAUGGUGGAUCUCGGGACCGGCUUGCCCGGGAACUGGGAAUUAUUUGUUUUGAAAUGGAGGCUGCAGGACUGAUGGAUCAGUUUCCUUGUCUGAUAAUUCGAGGCAUAUGUGACUACGCCGAUUCCCAUAAGACGAAAGAAUGGCAAGGCUAUGCUGCAUCAACCGCCGCGGCAUAUGCGAAAGAACUCUUAUCCGUUGUUUCUGUUCCUCUCACUGAAAAUACACGAAGGGCAUCCGAGGUUCUUCAUCUCGAGAAAUACCGUAUUCCAUUCAAUAUGAAAAACAUUCCUUUAUCGAUUAACUUUCUUGGACGUGAUACCGAGCUAGAUCGUCUGCGGCAAAUUUUGGACUACGAGAACGCCAACAUGCGCAAAAUAGCCGUGCUUCACGGGAUGGGAGGCAUUGGCAAGACACAAAUGGCAAUUCAAUUCUCGAGAAUACACAAGGGUGAUUAUACUUCGAUCUUCUGGCUGAAUGGAAAAGAUCGCGGGGCAUUGAUACGGUCUUUGGCGAUGAAUGCACCCAGAAUUCCAAAAGACCAACUGCGGUGUACGAUAGACACCCCAAAGAACGAAGUUGAGGAAGAAAGACUAGCCCAGGAAGUUCUCAAAUGGUUUUCCAUCGAGGGUAACUCCAAAUGGCUACUGAUAUUUGAUAAUGUCGAUAAAUACUCAUCAUCCGAAGUUCCCCGUGAUAGUGAUGCGUACGAUAUUGGUGAAUUCUUUCCUAUUGCUGAUCAAGGAUUCAUCGUCAUUACGACCCGUCUAAAUCAACUUACAGAGAUUGGCACUCCUCUCAGAAUUGAGAAGCUAGCCCCGGAGAUGGCCUUUGAACUUCUCCAGCGAUGCUCUGGUUACCGGGGAUUAGUUUUCGGUGGCAGUGUUUCUGGGCAGGGGCCAAGCUCGGACAUUAAACGGCUGUUAGCUAGAUUGGAUGGUCUUCCUCUUGCUAUAGUCAUUGCAGGGUCUUUCAUGCGCAGAACAGGCAUGCCACUUUCUAAGUAUUUGCGACAUUACGAGGACUCCUGGUACAGCCUUCAAACUGGCUCUGAGCCUCGACUUGGAUAUGAUCAUGGAAAUAUGAUCACGGCGUGGACAAUCUCAUAUUAUGAGAUCAAAAAGAGAAGUCACAAGGCAGCAUUUUUACUUCGUGUGUUCUCCUAUCUAAGCAAUCACGAUAUUUGGUUUGAACUGGUUCAGAGUGCCGCUAAGAGCCUUGAGAUUCCAACCUGGUUCCGGGAGAGUGUGUCGGAUGAGAUCUCAUUCUCUAGAAUUAUCCAGCAUCUCGUCGAAUUUUCAAUGAUACAGACUCAGGAAACCGGGAAAUGCUACUCAAUACACCCCGUCAUCCAAGACUGGUGUCAGAACAUUCCCAGUACCUCGGAGAGAGAAACCGCAGACCACGUGCACCAGCUCAAAAAGGUCUCACUUGUUUCCAUUGGAUUUUGUAUACCUCCGUCAACUGAACCGGAAUACUGGGUUCUGCAGCAGCGACUCCUCGCCCAUGCCGAUGCAGCACGGCAGAUAGUGAAACGUGACAAGGAAUUCCUCCUGGACCGGGAGGUCUUGUAUUCCAUGCUAAAGAUUGCGGAUCUGUACUCAGAUCAAGACAGGUUGGAAGAUGCAGAAAGCAUGUAUAACAUUGCGCUGGUGGGUUAUGAGAGCGUUCUAGGGUCACAUCAUCCGGAUACCCUACACACCGUCGACAAUUUAGCCUGUCUGUAUCGGCAACGGGCAAGGUUUACCGAGGCAGAGAUUGCAUACCAGCGAACAUUGGAAGGCUAUAGACAUACUGUUGGGGCUGAACAUAAGCUCACUCUCGGUACGGCGAAUAAUCUUGGACUUCUUUUCAAAGACCAGGGUAAACUAAUCGAAGCGGCGGCGAUUUUUGAAGAGACUCUUCUGGGAUUUGAAAGAUCUGUUGGUCCAAGAGAUUUGUUCACUCUUAUUCUUGUCACCAAUUUAGCCAUUACCUAUCAGUCCCAGGGGAAGUUAACAGACGCUGCAAGAUUACAUCAGAGAGCGCUCGAUGGUUUCGAGAAAUCACUUGGAUCAAAUCACCCGAAUACCCUUCAUGUGGUCAAUAAUCUGGGAAUAAAUCUACGACAUCGGGGAAAAUUUGCAGAUGCUGAAAAGAUGUAUCGACGAGCUUUUGAUGGAUAUACCAAUGUCCUAGGGCCAGACCAUACAGACACUCUAAUGGCGGCAAACAAUCUGGGAGUCCUCUUUAACUAUCAAGGAAAACUUCAGAUGGCGGAGGAAAUGAUUCAAUAUGUCCUUGCUGCUCGCAUGAGAAAGGUUGGUGCAGAACAUGCGGAUACUCUCACGUCCAUGAGUUCAUUAGGAAGCAUCUACCAGGAUGAAGACAAGCUCAACGAGGCUGACGAGGUACUCUUGGGGGCUCUUUCUGGUCGUGAGGUUGCGCUUGGUCCCAGUCACGAAGCCACCCUCAGCAUAGUAAACAAACUGGGAUUUGUUUACAAAUAUCAAGGAAGACUCACAGAGGCCAUUGAGAUGCACCAGAGAGCACUUGAUGGGUAUAAGGCUUAUAGCUUAGCGCAUGUGGGGUAUCUUGAAGCCUUGGGUGGGUUGGGAGAAAUAUACUGCUUACGAGGCGAUCUUGAUGAGGGCGAAGCCAUGUACCAGGCCGCCCUUAGCUCCCUUGGCUCUGAAAAAGCUUUUAGCAACGACUCUUCCUCGAUCAUGCUAGUGGAACUUCGCACACGCCAUCGUCUCGCCAAUUUACAUAGAGACAAAGGCCAUCUGGACAAAGCAGAAACUGGAUAUCGCCAGGUUAUCGCUGAGCUUGAGAUGGAAAUUGGGGCUCAGCAUAAAGAUACACCAGAGGCCGUGGAUGACCUUGGAGUUCUCUUUGUACGGAGCGGGCGAUUACAUGAAGCCCAAACGAUGUUUGAUCGGGCUUUCCAAGGAUUUGAGGAAAACCUUGGACCGCAGCAUACAUACACCCUCCGCACUGUUCUUCAUCUAGGCAAUAUCCACGCACGGCGAAGAAAGUUCACAGAGGCAGGUAUUCUCUACUCACAAGUAUUGGAGGGGUUGCAGGCAAAGCAUGGUACUAGUCACUACCUUUACCUGCAAGCUCUGUCUGAUUCAGCGAACAUCCUUAAGUUACAGGGGAGAAAGGAAGAAGCGGCUGCUACGUACUAUCAGCUGUUAAAUAGCCGAGAGCGGAUCUAUGGCUCUGAGCAUCCAGAGACACUGAAAGUUUUUACCAAUCUUCACGAGCUCCAGAGAGCCCCGCCGGGUUAUAUCAAUUGCAAUCAAGCGAUAUUACUAAGUGGUAGCCUCUUUCUGUUGAUUCUCUUCCUUUUUGGGAACCUUGAGCUGAGUUCGUUGGGUCAAUGGGGGUUUCUGGAGUGA